AUGGGCGCAAACUACAUGGAGCUCCAGCCAGGCGCUCAAGUCCCGCCUCAAAUGUUGACUAACCGCCACACAAAGAGCUACUCUAAGCGCAAGAAGACAAAGGUCUUCGCUCUCAUGCGCCGUCGGACCUGGACACUGCCCUUGUUCCUCACGAUCGCGAUCCUUUCCGUCUACGCCGUCAACCCGACCGACUCCAACCCAACGCACCACUUCAUUUUCCCCUCCUACAAGCUCGACAAUGGCAAUGCCGAGACGAGGCAAUAUGGAAAAGGACCAUGGGACAUCGCCUUCGUUGCAUUCUACACAAUAUUCCUCACUUUCACCCGCGAAGUCUGUAUGCACGAACUCCUGACACCUCUCGCUCGCGCAUGGGGCAUCAAGUCGCGUGCCAAGCGAGCACGCUUUGCGGAGAACAUGUACACGGCGCUCUACGUGACCAUUAUCGGACCCUGGGGCCUGCACGUCAUGAGCCGUACGCCAGUGUGGUAUUUCGACACCCACGGGAUGUACGAGGCCUUUCCACACCGCACGCACGACGCUAGCUUCAAGUGCUACUACCUCCUACAGGCAGCGUUCUGGGCGCAACAGGUAGUGGUGAUGGCGCUGGGCUUGGAGCAGAGACGCAAGGAUUUCCAUGAGCUUGUCGCGCACCAUGUUGUCACGGUUGCGCUCGUUGCGCUGAGUUACCGUUUCCACUUUGCGUACAUGGGAAUUGCGGUGUAUAUCACCCACGACAUUAGCGAUUUCUUCCUCGCGGUUUCGAAGUCGCUGAACUAUCUCGACAACAAGCUUCAGGGCGUGUCGUUUGGUGUGUGUAUUGCAGUGUGGAUUUACCUCCGGCACUACAUCAACUUGAGGAUUCUCUACUCUGCGUUGCCUGGAUCCGAAUUUAGUACCGUUGGACCGUAUGAGCUGAACUGGGAUACCGAGCAGUACAAAUGUGCGUUGUCCAACUUCAUCACCUUUGGGCUUUUGGCUUUGCUGCAGGCACUAAACUUGUUCUGGCUAUAUUGCUUGUUGCGCAGCGCUUACAAGUUUGUCUUCUUGGGCGUUGCGAAGGAUGAUAGAUCAGAGGAUGAAGAGGUUUCAGUCGCCCAGCCGGUGGCGCAAGAAAAAGGAUUCACAGCGUCGAAUAUGUCCUCCCACAGCGUUGAGGGAUAUAGGACACCAUCCUCGCAUGGGUCUGUAAGGGAGAGAAGAACUAGGAAGACCUCGACAUAG